CCUUCUCUGCAUCUUUCUCAUACGAUUCCCUUUUUCAAAUUUCUCCGCCUCGUCACCACAAAAUCUAAAUCAUCAACUCCAUCAGGCCCAGCUACUUGAAUCACAGCAUUUUAACUCCCAAGUUAACUCCAGCACCUCCUUGUUUCCGCUUAUAAUGACGGGCUCUGCAGGAUCACGAACUCUGGAGGUUAAGGUUCUAUCGGCCGAGGGCCUCACCAUCGACCGAAAGCCCGUCACGAAGAACGUCUUCGUCGAAGUCCGGGCGGAGACCCUCACCUGCUUCAAGACAUCGCCGGGUGCGGCGGACGGUGUCAGGGGAAAUCCAUCGUGGAACGAGACGUUGAUGGUCGAAAUGCCUCCCCACGCGAGGUCCGUCACGUUUGACGUGAAAUGCAAGACGUCCAUGGGAACCAAGAGUGUCGGAAUAGCCAGGAUUGCUCUGUCGGAUUUUCUCGGCGGGAUUGUGCCGGACUCUUGCUUGCAGUUCUUGAGCUAUCGAUUGAGGGACUGGGAAGGCCGGAGGAAUGGGAUCAUUAAUUUCUCGGUAAGAGUGAAAUCGGCGACGUCUCCAAAGUAUGAGCCUUCGGUUCCGGUGCCGGCGAGGGGAACGGCGUUGCCGGACAAAAGAUCUUGCGGGUUUCAAAUGAGAGUGCCGUUAGGCGAUCAGUACAAUCCGCGGGGGGUCGUCACCGGGAUUCCCGUUGGGUGGACCAGUUAUACCAACAAUCCUUGAGAAAUUGUAAAUUAUUGUAUAAACGACAGAAUAUUAGAAUUUAGAAAUUUAACGGGAAAAAAAGGAAGGAAGAAGAAGGUGUAAAAGUCGCCAUUUUUUCAGUUUUAUGGUUGGAGGGUAGUUGCUUGUUGAUUGUUUCCCUGAGUAAGUUAGGUAAUUUAUGUUCCCGAAAUUCGAAAAUCCUCAGUCUUGGUUGUUCACGGAAAAAAAAAGUUUAUAGCUAUUAUACCA